GAAUAACAUCGUUUAAAUAACCAUCAUUUUUGGAAAUCAAGAAUAAUUAUAAUAAUUGGCAAAAACAUGUGUAAAACAUGUUAUUCUUAGUUUAUAGAUGGUAAAAAAAUAAACGUUUUGUAAUAAAAGUAGUAGGUUUUGCAGACUAAAGUGGUAUCAUGGUAUAGUGAAGCCUUUGAACAUCAACUCAAGAACUGCAUUGAUUUGAAAUAUUUAUUCCUUGAUACCCAGUUUCUACAAACUCUGCCAAAAUGUCGAUAGUCGGGAAGUUCGGAGUGAGGCACGUCCAGGCGUUCCUUCUCUCGUGCGCCUUGGUGGUGAAUCAUAUGCAUCUCGGCAAUCUCGGUAUGGCAGUCGUUGUCAUAACUCAGAAGCACAAUGAAAGGCAAUGGAAAAGGAUAUUUUACACUGAGACAGUUGACCCAAUGUCGGAUAAUGUGACCUACGCCUCAGCUGCUUUCUUCUACGCUCAGAUGUUGUUCAGCAUCAUUGGUGGCUACCUCAGCACUAAGAUAAACAACAAGUUACUCUUAUUGAUAUCAUCUAUAGUAUCAUUUCUGGUUUCUUACCUCACCCCAACACUGGUCAAUAUAUUCGAAUGGAAAGCAUUUUUUUUCAUCAGACUUGUACAAGGGGCUACACAGGGUUUUGUGAAGCCUGUGGUUUAUAACUUGGCUGCUCGAUGGUUGCCAACUGAAGAGAUGCUUCUAUUGGGACCCGCAAUAAUAUGUGGACUGUACACAGGAGUGUGUUUCAUGCUAAUGAUGGGAGGGUACUUGGGGGCUGGUCAUGGCGGGUGGCAUUCCAUAUUCUAUUUCUCAGGCAACUGUGGCCUGCUCUGGAGCUUAGCAUUCUAUGGGCUAGGCUUUGCGUCUCCUAAUGAUUGUUACUAUAUAUCAGAACUGGAGAAGAAUCACAUUAAUGACAAUGUUCCUCCGUCUAUUCUUGCACCUUAUAGACACAACAUACCAUGGAGGAAGAUUUUUAGUAACAUUCCACUAUGGACAGUUCUGGUUUGCCAAUUUGCGAAUAACUGGUCAUUUAAUGUUUUUGUUAAGAUAUGGCCAGUAUACUUACAGCACAAACUUCAUUUUGAACUUCACGAAACAGGUAUAAUUUGUGGAACCCCAUUUUUAUUUGUAAGCAUUACUGUUUAUGCUGCAACUAUAUUAUUCCAUUAUUUAUGGAACUAUGGAAAGCUGAACUUCGUUGUAGUGAGACAUGUUUGCAAUGCAAUAGCUCAAUUCGGUGCUGCCUACAGUUUUAUGGUUUGUUCAUCCUCAGAGAAAAUACUGGUGACUGUCAUUUUUCAUCACAUUGGAGUACUAAUAAGUUCAUUACAGCUAUUUGGAUUCUACAUGAAUUACUAUGACUUGUCACCUACUUAUGUUGGACUGACAUCAGGCAUAUGCAAUGGAAUAGCUAGCAUAGCAUCCAUAGUUGGACCUCAUGUUACGUUGGACAUGUACAAUCAAUAUGGACAAGAUGAAGAGGCAUGGACUAAGGACAGGCAAUUCAUAGGUUGGCGAAAAGGUUAUGAUCUCUGUAGUUUGAUUUUUUUCAUAGGAGGCACAGCAUUUAUGUUCCUUGGGCAAGUUAAAAGACAAGAGUUUGAUAACAAUGAACAAAAAAAACAGGUCAAGAAAAACAUAAUUAGCUGGUCAACAAAACCAUGAAAUGGUAUUUAUGUUUAUGCUUUAUGUAGUAUCUAGUACAAAUUAAAAUCUUAAAUUUUCCUUCAA